AUGGCAGAACACACUAGCAAAUUAUCCGUUUUCUCAAGAAUUGUCACGUCCUCCCUUUUAGUACUUUCAUAUACCUUCGUUCAAUCAUGGGAUAGCGCAGCAUGCCAAGAGAAUGCUGUCAGAACCAGUAGACUGUUAACAAGCCAUACCCUAAUAGGAAACACACAAGCUGCUCAAUACCCCUAUUUAAAAAAUGAAGUCAUGGACUUUUAUGACGAAGAAUAUGAUACUUCUGAAGAAUGUUUAAAUCAGUUGGUACACCGUGAGGCACGUGGAAACACUUUCAGUAACCGAAUACAUGAGGGCAAUUUCCAACGGAGAAGUUACUACAAUUUAGAUGCAUCCUGUGAUGUCCUUAGAGGUACCAAUGAAAUCAAAAGGGGACUGCAAAAAAAAUCAAAAGGAACUAAUAGUUCCUUAGACAUCGACUAUUUCUAUGAUGAUGAGGAUGCUCCAUGCACAUCAACAUCUAAGGAAUUAGCAAGAUGUGAUAAAUCCAUAAGUUCUCGAAAAUAUAUAACGCCUGGAUUAAAAGGGAAAACAUCAACUGAAUCCAGAUUAUUCGACUACAAACCCGAAGAAAACUUUGGAACUCUUAAAAAAUUGAUUAUAGAAGCUUCUGCUGCAGAACCACCAUCUAAAGAUGGAAUCAUCGUAGCUUUGAAAAAAUUCGAUAAAAAAUUCGAAGUUGAAUUAUUACGUUCAGUAUAUGACAAGGCUCUUUCCGACUAUGAUGAAUGCAAAUAUAAAACGGGGAAAAGGAAAUACAAACAUUUUAUGAGAAAAUUUAGAGUGUUCUUACCACCAACUAUGAACAUGGCUCUUUUAAUGUUAAUGUUGGUAUUUCAAUCGACAUUAUUUUUCACGGGAAUCUUUUCAUUUUUGUCAUGCACAUUAUUUACAAUGAUGUCUUACUAUGGAUAUAAAUUUGCAAAAAUUCAGAAAAUGAGGACAUGUUACAGAAAUUUUGUAAAAAAUGGGACUCCGAGAAAACAAAUUAAAUACGAGAAGAAUUAUUUUUAG